AUGCCUCGCCAAACAGGCUACGAGCGCCUCACGCAGGCCGACGACUCCGACGACGAGCCCUCCUACGCACCCAUCACACGGCCCUCCGGCCACCGCACCCGCACGCGCCGCUCCAACUCGGGUGUCGACAUCAAAGCCAUCAAUGCCCGCCUCGAGCGCUGGGCCGACGAGAUUGCUUCCAAGUUCAAGCGCCGCCGGCCCUCCAAUGCCGCCGAGGAAGACCGCCUCGAGAUCCAGCACUCGGUGUUUCGCGCCCCGGAUGGCGUGCGGCCCUUGACGCAGCGGGAGCUUGCGGAGCUGCCUCCCGCGGGCGCCAUGACGGAUACCGAGUUCGAGGUGGUUGUUGAGAGCGUCCGCGCGGCGAUUCGCCAGCAGGUCCAUCCGAGUAUGAUUUCGCAGGGCAGCUCGGGCAGUUAUUUUGCGAGAAACCCGGAUGGCAAGAUUGUCGGCGUCUUUAAGCCCAAGGACGAGGAGCCGUAUGCGGCUGGUAAUCCGAAAUGGAACAAGUGGAUUCAUAGAAACUUGUUCCCGUGCUUCUUUGGCCGCGCAUGUCUGAUUCCAAACCUGUCGUAUGUAUCCGAAGCAGCCGCGUACGUCCUCGACCUGCAUCUCCGCACCAAUCUCGUCCCGUAUACGGCCGUUGUCAAUCUAUCAUCAAAGUCGUUCCACUACCCAUAUCUAGCCCGCCGGGCAUUCUACCGCAAAAAGAAGCCGUUUCCGGCAAAGCCUGGCUCGUUCCAGGUCUUCCUCAAGGGCUUCAAGGACGCCAAUGUGUUUCUUCGAGAAAACCCUUGGCCGGAUCAGUACUGGGCUGGCUUCCGCGGCGACUCGAAUGGCCGGCGACGCAAGAAGAAGACGUGGACCGAGAGCUGUCGGCCCUCUACAUCAGGUACAGCCGAUCUGGAGGCUGGGCAAAAUGACGACUACGAGAGCGACGACGAGACGGAGGAUGGAGAGGAGCGGUUUAGAUGGACCGACGGACUCAAGCAGUCGUUCCGAGAAGAGCUGGAGAAGCUCGUUAUUCUCGACUACAUUAUGCGCAAUACGGACCGUGGACUGGACAAUUGGAUGGUCAAGGUAGACUGGGAGACGGGUCAGGUGUCUAUCGCAUCCGAUCCCGUCCGCCUAAACAUGAACACAGAAGAGGCAGAGGCCGAUGACGAAGCUCGACCAAGACCCGUGGAUGCAGAGAAUAUGCCUACUAUGCCUGCUACGGCAUCUUACCCGUACACAAAGCAGCGCCCAAUGCAGGCAGCAUCAGGAAGUCGGUCGAGAGAGCCAGCCAUGGCUCUUGGUGCUAUUGACAACUCCUUGUCGUGGCCAUGGAAGCACCCCGACGCAUGGAGAAGUUAUCCGUUCGGGUGGCUUUUCUUGCCCGUCGAUCUCAUCGGCCGACCGUUUUCGCAAAAGACACGCGACCAUUUCCUCCCGCUCCUCACUUCCACGGCCUGGUGGAGCGAGACCCAAACGGCGCUCAAGCGCGUCUUCCAAAUCGAUGAAGACUUCCAAGAACGCAUGUUUGCCAAGCAGAUUGCCGUCAUGAAGGGCCAGGCUUGGAACGUGGUCGAGGCGCUCAAGUCGCCCGACCACGGCCCGCUCGAACUCACCCGUCGCGCAAAGGUUUGUGUCUGGGAUGACUUGGUCGAUGUGCCCGUGGCCGUGCCCAUGCGCGCCACGUCGUCCGAGGUUCGUCGCCAGUCCGCGUCAUAUCAUACCCGUCGCCCGUCUCGCCCGUCCAUUGACGAGCUCGACAUUGCCAGCUCCCUGCCGCCAGCCAAGACGGCUGACCUGCUCUCCAUGGAAGCCGAAGAGGGUGCGGCGCCCGGCCCGGCCGACAUGCCUCAUCCCGGCCGCUUUGAAAUCGGUAGCCCCAAUGAUGAAUCUUCCCUAUCCCCUACGCUUGUUGCUGCAGAUGCGCAUCUCGAACGGCCCAAGCUCAACGCCUACGAGCCGCAACGGGGCACUCCCCGGCAGCAGCGCAGGUACUCGUUCGCGCCGGGUCCCGCUCGCCGCAACAGCAACUCCGUUGCUGCCCAGCUCUACGACGACGGCGAUGUCGAUGGCGACCUGGGCUACGCAGCCGCAGAGGGUCAGAUUGGCCAGCAGCGCAAGGUCAUCAUCGAGCGGCUCGAGCCUGUCAAAGCACGCAAUCCCGUAUUCACAUGGUGCUAA